GGAAAUAUGGUACAAGCUCAGGCACCUUUUCUAUGUACAUUAGGUACGUACACUGCAUAACGAAUCAAUCCAUCAUUGAUCUGUACCAAGGUUCCAUCCACGCUACAAAUCCACAUUACAACUUUCAUCGUCGACCUCAUAUUCUCACUUCAUUUCGAUCCUCAAUAGCGUCUUUAGUGACAAUGCUCGUUUCUCUUACCGUCGGCAAAGUUGAUGCCGGCGUAACUGUUCUAUUAACCCCUGAUAAGCGUUUGAUUGAAUUCCCCUCAAUUCUGUUACCCCCCAACAUCGUUUCGGGCUCCAUAGUCGACAUCACCGUCUCUCGCAACAACGAAUCUGAAGCUAAAGCAGAGGCUCAGUUCUCAGCUCUUCAAGAUCGCAUAUUCUCAUGCUUCGGCGCAUCCGAACCUAGCACGCCCGUCCUCCGCUGCCGCAAUGCCACCCAGACCUCUGUAGUCCUCGAGUGGGACCCUAUCGAGCUCGCCACUGCCGACCUCAUCUCCCUCUCCCUUUAUCGCAAUGGCCAGAAAGCUGGGAACAUCCCUCGGCCCCUGCACAUGCACAGCACCAAGAUCAGCGGCCUUGCUGUCGACACCGAAUAUUCCUUCCAUCUGGUUCUGCGCACUACCGCCGGCAUAGAAACCAGCAAGCAGGUCGUUGUCCGCACCCACCAAAUGACCGACCUAAGCGGCAUCACUAUUACGACGGGUAUCCUGCCACCUCACACGCGCGAGGAGCUCACCAAAGCUGUCGAGCGCAUCGGCGCUAAGAUCGUCGAUAGCGUGCGCAUUGAUACUACGCAUUUUGUCACCACCGAAGGGCGCGGCGUACCGUGGGAGAAAGCUGUCGAGAUGAAUAUUCCCGUUGUACGACCAGAAUGGGUCGAUGCCUGCGAAAAGAAUGGUCGCAUCCUGGGUGUCACUAAGUUUUAUCUAGAUGCCCCAAGACCUGCUCCUGUUGGAGGCGGGGAGGAGACGCAGAGAUCAGCGCCGUCCCCCGCGCCGAUACAACACAGCCAGAAGGACCUUCCACCACCGCCAGCCCAGCCUAGCAGUAAUAAAGAAACAGAAGCCAAGCAGGACGAGGACGAGGAGAGUGAAAGCAGCGAGGAGGAAGACGAUGAGGAUAAGACAGGAGAUGAAGAGAAGGCAAAAGUCACAGACGAGCAGAAAGUAAGGCUUGAGGAUAAAGAUACCCAGAAGGUCGCCCUACGACCUGGAGGCCAAUCGCAAGCCGCCAAAAAGGAUAGCGAGGAGAAAGAGAGCGGGGACAGCUCAGACGAAAAGGGGCCCGCACCAUCUCCUGGAGACGAGGCGUCUUUCCAAAAUGUAGAGCUGUAGGUGCAGUUGAGACUUGAAAUAUAGCAUGGAGUUCUCGGGGGUUUCCCAAAAAUACCCGGCUAGGUCAUGAAAAUGGUAGUUGUCAGCUCAAACUAUUAAUAUACCUGUACAGUAACGACAUUUUCUUUUUACGUCCUUUGAGAUCAUACUUCUCGUAGUUUUAAUAAUCCACGAAUGCCUUUGAAAGGCACGUUAUUUCAUACAAGUGUCAGGAGAUGUAAAUAUAAUGUAUCUAAAUACCUAUCUAUCAAUACACUAUUUCUAGUACGAAU